GGUUAAGGAGGACCCGGCGGCGUGAGGGCCGCGCGGCGAGCGUCAGGAUGGAGCCGGGCCGAGCGCGGCGGACGGCGGCCCUGAGCCUGGCGCUGCGGCUGCUUCUCGGCCUCCGGCUAGGGCUGGAGGCCGCCCCGACCCCCGCCGGGACCCCGGCCCUGACUCCGACCCGGACCCGGCUCACGUCUCCGGCCCGAGCCUCAGGCCCCAGCACAGCCUCGUGCCCGCCCAUCGACUUCCAGUGCCGCCCCAGUGGCCUCUGUGUGCCCCUCUCCUGGCGCUGCGACGGCGACUUGGACUGCCCGGAUGGCAGCGACGAGGACGAGUGCAGGAUCGAGCCCUGUGUCCAGGACGGGUGGUGUCCGCCACCCACUGACAGUGUGAGUGACUGCCCGGGUCACAACUGCAGCCCACAACCCUGCCCGGGAGGCCAGCUGCGGUGCAGGCAGCACGGGGCCUGCAUCCCACGCACCUGGCGCUGCGACGGCCACCCGGACUGCCGCGAUGCCAGCGACGAGCAGGGCUGCGGAACCACCAAGGCCCCCCAGAGAGAGAAUGCCACAUCCAUGGGAAUCUCUGCGACCCAUGAGAAUGUCACCUACCUCAGGAAUGCCACCAUUACCUCCGUUGGGGACCAGGGCUCAGUCCAGUCUGGAAACCGAAGUGUCUAUGGUGUCAUGGCCACAGCCGUGGUGCUGAGUGCCGGCCUGACCACUGCCACCUUCCUGGUGCUGUGUCGCCUCUGCACCCAGGGGCGCCUGGUGGUGUCUAUGAAGGAGUCCUUGCAGCGAUUGGAGCGGAAAACCUCCCUGGUCUAGGAUGUGGUCUCUCUCUUGCCACUGGCUGGGGGAGAGCAGCGGCUGAGGGUCCCCAGGCAGCUGCAGGCUUACUGGCCCUCAGAGCCUUCCGGCUUCUUCCAGCCACGCAGCAGCCCGACCCCAAGCUCCUGCCGACAUGGCCUUGGAGGUUGGGGAUCCCCAGGUACUUGCCCUGGAUGCCGAGAGCCUGGAUAGGGAAACAUGUCCUAGCUGGGACAGAGGAGCUGGCCCCAGCCUGCUUCUGUGGGGGUGGGAUGCCCCGCGGGUGACACAUAGACACUCCUGCUGUCCCUUCAACCCUCCCCUGCCUGCAGGUGGUGGUGGCUAUUAAAAGUGUUCACAUCUUC